UAGACUAACAGCGCAAAUGUUCAACAUUUUAUUCCAUGAGUCUGAGUCCAACCACAUUUAAAGUCGAAAUUCCGUUCGUCUAUUUUCAGAAUUAUUUCGGAUUCGGUCAAUCCGCCGAUGUGGACAUCGUUUUUGAUGGGGCGGAAAAUCGUAAAUUGGCUGAGGUGAAAACAGAAGACAGCAAAAAGGAAAAGUAUCUGCUGUACUACGACGGUGAAACGGUGUCCGGCAAAGUGAAUGUAACGCUACGGAAGCCGGGCAGUAAACUCGAACACCAUGGUAUUAAGAUCGAAUUGAUUGGACAAAUUGAACUGUACUACGAUCGUGGCAAUCAUCAUGAGUUCACAUCGUUGGUGAGAGAAUUGGCCCGACCCGGCGAUUUGAUCCAGAACACUAGUUAUCCGUUUGAAUUUGCAAAUGUGGAGAAGCCAUUUGAGGUGUAUGUGGGCUCAAACGUGCGGUUGAGGUAUUUUUUACGUGUGACGAUUGUGCGCCGCAUCAGUGAUAUUGUGAGGGAAAUUGAUGUUGCGGUCCAUACACUUUGUAGUUAUCCGGAAAUGAAUUGUCCGAUCAAAAUGGAAGUUGGCAUCGAAGACUGUUUACACAUAGAAUUUGAGUACAAUAAAUCCAAAUACCACUUAAAGGAUGUCAUAGUCGGAAAGAUCUACUUCCUGUUGGUACGCAUUAAGAUUAAACACAUGGAAAUAGCGAUUAUAAAACGGGAAACAACUGGAUCUGGUCCGAACACGUUCACGGAAAAUGAAACCAUAGCCAAGUAUGAAAUAAUGGACGGCGCUCCCGUCAAAGGUGAAAGCAUACCGAUCCGAGUGUUUCUGGCCGGUUAUGAUCUCACACCAACGAUGCGUGAUAUAAACAAAAAGUUUUCGGUGAGAUAUUUCCUGAAUCUUGUGCUGAUGGACACGGAGGAUCGUCGUUACUUCAAGCAACAGGAGAUAACUUUGUGGCGCAACGCUGACAAAAGUCGCAAAUCGGCCUUAACAUCGUCAAACAAUCCGCACGUGCCAUCACAUUUAGUUGGUUCGGAUGGUGAAAUCAUGGGUACACAGAAUUCGGCCCAUCAGCCUAAUCAAGAUGAAGAUGGACCCGCUGGUGACAAUGAUCCGACGAUGGGACUGUUCACUCAGGAAAGCCCACAACAACCACAAAAUCCAAUUUCCAUUUCGGAUUCGAAUAGUAAUAAGCCGUCUCAUCCACGACCGGCAGAUGGUACCAUUGGUGAUCAGUCUGCAUCGCUAUUCGAUGAAGCCACAAAUCCAGCAACUGCAACAGCACCAAAUUCAACGUCCCAAUUAACUCAAUCAGCAACGGAAGCGGCCGCAGUGUCAGAGUGUAGUAAUAGUGAAAACAAUAGUUCGACAACAGUUGAUUCGUCAACUACACCGCUGGCGUCGAAUGUCGAUUCAACAUCCGAAUAAAUUUUGUGAAUUGCACCACACAUUUCUAAUGUAAACUGCUGGGCAAUUCACACUAUUAAAUUGAAAUAUUUAUAGUCUAUGUCAUUAUUAAGAAUUAUAAAGAGAAAGAAAGGAAAAAUUAAUUAAAAAAAGAAGAAAAA